AUGUUGACCAUGUAUCACCCGCCGGAACAAGAACGCGUCAAGGCCAGCGAACGACGUCUAGAAGGGAGGGAAGUGGUGUCAGCUGUGGCCCCUAAUGCAGCGGAACGCGUCAGCGUCGCCCUGGCGCCGGUUGCUCUGCCUGGGUUGAUGAGGUUGCCUAGGCUGCCGACUGCAGAUGGGUUAACUCGUAAGUGGGUGAGCGAUGUGAAACCCGGUUUACUUGAGUUUGCCAUCGACGUCAGGGCGGAGAUCACGAUCGUUGCGUUUGGCCCGCAGACGUCUCGCAUACGUGCGCUCGACCCAAGGAAGAUGUAUCGAAUCGAGCGUCCACGGGUGCAGGAGGCGGCUGAAGCUUUUCGCCGUGUCCCUCAUAAGUCUCAACUCAUUCUGGAAGAGCAUGGGGUCAUAACGGAGAUUCACGAUCCUAGAAUUCCGCGCAUUUUUUUCGCAUUCCGAUACCUUAAUACUAUAGAGAGGUUGAGGGUGAAUGAAAUUAUCGAUGUUCUCGCCGUUGCUGUGUGA